UUAAAGCCUCUUUGUUUUGUUCUUUCUUCUCUUGUUUCCUUCUUUUCCAAAUCUUCAUUUUUUUGUUUUCUCAGUCAAAUUCAGAAAACGCGUUUGUUUUGAGUAUGGAUCAUGAUCAGAGGAAUCGUGGUAACGAUCAUCAUAAUUAUGAUAAUCAUCAUCAUCAUCAGCAGCAUCUUGGUGUGAAUAAGAUGGGAAAAAACAUCCGUAAAGAUCCAUCAAACCAGCAAAAUCUACAACAACAACAAAACCCUCAAGCUUUGGUUUACAACAUCAACAAAACCGAUUUCAGAUCUAUCGUUCAACAGUUAACCGGACUCGGUUCAACUUCUUCAGUCAAUCCUCCGCAACCAACCCCGCCUAAACCUCCAAAUUCACGUCUGGUUAAAGUUAGACCGGCUCCUUUGACACAACUCAACCAUCCUCCGGUUCAAUCGGUUCCAGUUGCUUCUGAACCGGUUCAGUCUGUUAACCCAGCGGAAUCUCCCAUCUCGGCUUAUAUGCGUUACUUAAUAGAAUCAAGCCCUACCGUAGGAAACCAGCCUCAGCCGCAAAACCAAAAUCCGGUUCAGUCAUCAACCGGAUUAUUUCCUUCACAACAAACCGGUCCUAAUCCAAUGCAACCAUUCCAGUCUCCAGCUUCACAGUUUGUUUUGUCACCGCAGCCAAGAUCGCCGUUUCCGUUGUUCUCUCCCAAUUUUGCGUUCUCGCCGCGGUUUUCAGGCGGUAGCGAAUCGUUACCACCGCCUUCACCGGGUUUUUUCUUUCCGUUGCUAAGUCCAUUAUGGAAAAAUCAAUAGCUUUAAUAGCAGUAGUAGUAGUGUAUUUAUAAUCCUUUAAUUGAUGUAUUGAGGAUUCUAAUUUGUAAUCAAUUAAACUAGGUUGUACCAGUUAUAUAUGCUUUAAAUAUGUAUAAUGCCCCCUUAAUUGAUGUAUCUUUACGGAUGGUUGAGUUGAGUUAAUCCAAGAUUAAGGGUUCUAAGUUGUA